UUAUUCGGUUUUAGUCCUGGAACCGUUCUUAUCAAUUGGAAAUUUUCGCGAAGUAAAAUCAUGGCUGAUAACACCGAGGAGUCGAGAGAAAUUUCACUGAAAAAGUCCGCGGAGAAAUUGACGGAGGAGAUACAAACCAUGGCUAAUUACAAAAGCCUCUACACCGAAAUCCAGAAACUCGUAGCUUCCACCGCCGUGAAAAGAGAGAAUUUCAAAACUACGUUGAUGGAUGCGUUGAAAAGCAAUGGUCUAGAAACAGAAAUUAGAAACACGGUGUUUCACUGGGUCAGAUCGCAAGGUUCUUUAUCUUCUGUAUCAGUGUCAGCGGCGGAAGAAGUUGAUCUGAGUUACUUAAAAAAGGCUCAGAGUCAGUGGGAGCGCAGAAUACAGAAAUCAUUAAACUCAACGUGCAACGAGUUAAACGUACCACUCGCACGUAUAAGACCAUGUGCAGAUCGCGAAGAACUUGCCGAGAAAUGGAACGAAUUGAGCACUUAUGAUAUUGAUCUUUCGCAAUACAGGCCUCUUUACUCCCCGAAAGAUUUUCUGGACGUGCUGUUCUCUAUUCGAAACCCUUCUUUCAAGAAACAACCGGACGAACUAAAUUGGGAAUUUAGCCAUAUACAGAUUCGCGUAAAGACACUCACACAACUGAGGCAUACGUAUGUGGAAUUCUCAAGUGGAAAGCCAUUGUUGGGAGUAAAUCCUGACAUGCCCAGUUCAGAGAAUUUUCCGAACUUAGAGGAAGAGAGAAUUUACAUCGGUGAAAAGGUGUUGAAAUCGAAUCACGCACCGAUCGCACAAGAAUUUUUAAAGCGCGGAGCUCCGCGAGCGUUGCGUGGUCGUCUCUGGGCACUGGUGUUGGGAUCCGUAGUAAAAGAAAAUGACCAAGAGUAUUACGAAGAAUUAAAAAAUAUGGUACUGCAAUACGAUAUCGUUAUAGAUAAGUUGAUAAUAAAGGAUGUGCAACUAACGGCGCGUAAUGACGAUCAGUAUUUCGUGUUCGAGGAUGUUUUAUAUAAAACAAUGUUGUGUUUCUCUCGGGAUUCGGAAGUAUUAGCACCAGUUACCACUGACAGAAGUGCCGGGGGCCAAGUAAUACACGCGGUUCUACAAGGAAAACCGGCUACGUUAGAAAAUACUCUGGUGUUCCCACCGAGUGGUGUGAUUCCGUUUCACGGAUUCACGAUGUAUGCUACACCGUUCUGUUACUUGUACGAUGAUCCGUGCGCGAUGUACUAUACGUUCAGAGCGUUUUAUCUGCGAUAUUGGUUCCGAUUGCAUACAGUUUCGAAUCACGAGCAAGGUAUUGUGGCAUUGUGCUUGCUAUUCGAGAGAUUGCUGCAAUGCCACGAACCUUUGCUUUGGAUACAUUUCAGGAACAUUCAUAUACAACCGGUAAAAGUGGUAUUCAAAUGGCUCAUGAGAGGGUUCAGCGGUCAUUUACCACCAGAACAAUUGCUGUAUCUAUGGGACUUAAUUUUGGGUUACGACUCGCUGGAAAUUAUCUCUUUACUCGCGGUCGCUAUAUUGAGUUUUCGCAAAGAAAAUUUAAUGCAAGUGAACAAUCAGCAGACCGUCGAGGCUGUUUUGGCAGACUUAUCCUCUUUAAAAGUUAUUCCGCUGUUGCAGCUGGCUUUGUUAAGUGAGUAACAGAGACGAACAAGCGGAGUU